GUAAACUUCCGGUGUACGGUGGAAGGCGAUCCCCGGAGAUGAAUAUGUCACCAAAAUAUGAGUCAAAGUGUUCAAAAAGAAAAGUGUUAACGGUUACAAUAGACGUGCUUCUUGUUGGAAGUGUUGCGCUGUGUGCAGGGCUGGUCCAUCUGUUGAUGACUCCUUAUCGCCGUGGAUUUUACUGUGAUGAUGAGAGUAUCAGUUACCCCUACCACAGUUCCACCAUACCAUCCACAGUGCUCUACCUUGUGGGGUUUGGACUGAAUUUUUUGUUGAUUUUCAUUGUUGAAGCUCUGUGGAUACCUAAAGGUGUUGCUGGCCUGAUAUUACCCACUUCCUCAAAAACGUCUGACAAUGAAAAUCAUGAUGGCCCUGGAAGUAGCCCGUCUCGUAUGACUUUGUACCUUUGUGCUGUGUACAAUGUGAUCUUGCCAUUUAUGUUUGGAGGUGCACUGGAGUUUCUGGCACGUGGGAUAGCCAAGUAUUCCCUUGGAAGGCUCCGCCCUCAUUUUCUGGCAGUUUGCCAGCCCGACCAGAGUUCUUUCAAUUGUAGCACAGGAUACAUUGAAAAUUACAAGUGUACAGGAGAUGUAGAUGUUAUCAACCAAGCCAGAUUAUCUUUUCCCUCUGGACAUGCAUCAUUUUCAGUCUACAGUAUGCUGUUUUUAAUUCUGUAUAUUCAGUCACGUAUGCAGUGGCGACAGGCAGUGAUUCUCCGCCCCUGGAUUCAGCUGAUCCUGUUCCUGAUGGCGUUUUACACAUGUAUUUCCCGAGUGUUUGACAACAAACAUCACUGGAGUGACAUCCUUGCUGGGGCUAUAUGGGGUAUUCUGGUGUCAAUGUUUGUGGUCUUCAAAGUGUCCAGUCUCUUCCCAAGGUCAAGGCUACUAUGCCCUACUUCAAGUUACCAUCAUCCCACAACUACAAAACUCUGACAUAACUCUCUCGUUCUGACAUCACAAACCUCAGACAUCAUACUAUAACCACAAAACUCGGACAUAACUCUCUCGUUCUGACAUCACAAACCUCAAACAUCAUACCAUAGCCACAAAACUCUGACAUAACUCUCUGCGUCUGACAUCACAAACCUCAGACAUCAUACCAUAACCACAAAACUCUGACAUAACGCUCUCGUUCUGACAUCACAAACCUCAAACAUCAUACUAUAACCACAAAACUCUGCCAUAACUCUCUUGUUCUGACAUCACAAACCUCAGACAUCAUACUAUAACCACAAAACUCGGACAUAACUCUCUCGUUCUGACAUCACAAACCUCAAACAUCAUCCCAUAACUACAAAACUCUGACAUAACUCUCUCGUUCUGACAUCAUAAACCUCAAACAUCAUACUAUAACCACAAAACUCUGCCAUAACUCUCUUGUUCUGACAUCACAAACCUCAGACAUCAUACUAUAACCACAAAACUCUGACAAAACUCCCUCUCGUUCUGACAUCACAAACCUCAGACAUCAUACUAUAACCACAAAACUCUGACAUAACUCUCUCGUUCUGACAUCACAAAACUCUGACAUAAGUUAAUUCUCGAGUUCUGACACCACAAACCUCUGACCUGUAUUGCACAUAUUCUGCAUGGUACAAAUUUUUAUUUUCUGAAGAAAGCACAAAAUCAACACUUCAAAAAUUUAAAGCAUUAAUGACAAUCAAUCAAAUACAAAAGGCUAACUUUAAACCCAGAAAUCAUUUACACAGACAGUCUGAGCUCAAUAUAGUGUAAUUACAUGUACCUAUAGAUUUGCCAUAUUAUUGUUAUAAGAUGUUGUAUAUUAUUUCUGUCGUACCUUUACAAGACAGAGCUAUCCCACAUAAGCAAUGAGUCAUGAUGUAGUGUAAAGAUCUCUCGCAGUUAUCUGGCAUAUCAUGAGCUGAAUGAUAGUUACGACCUUAUUAUAUGGCAUGCUAUAUGUUACCAACACUUCAGCCAGGCAGCCUGCUUGAGAAUCAGUAUUCUCACUCAAUAUGUAACUAGGCAUUUGAUUCAUUUGUUACAAAGGUAUGAGAGAAAAAUCCUCUUUCAUACUUGUAUAUUGAAUACAGGAAAUUCUACCCUUUGGGUUAUAAAGAGAGGGAGUACUUCAGUACAAUCUUAGGUACAGAAUGUAGUUUUCAAAUCAUAGCUCCACUGUGGAAUUUCGCUAUCGUUCACAAACAGGUAUGAAAAAGUCGGUUAUACUCCUUUGGAGUGAUUUCAGUAGUUUGUACAUAUUUUUUUGUAUUAUUUUUUGUGGAAUCAGUAGAGUGUAUAGUUUUUAUAACAUUAAAGAAAUCUGUUACUAAUUUUA